AUGGAAGUGAAAGAAGUCCUCUUCAUGAGCAAAGGACACGGAGAAGAUAGCUACGCUCACAACUCAACCUAUGCGCAAAAGGUUGCAUCUUUAGCCAAGCCCGUGAUAGCGAACACGGUUGAUUCUCUACUCGAGGAAUGUUUUUUCCCAUGCAAGCUUCUAAAUGUUGCUGAUUUGGGCUGUGCUUUGGGUCCUUGCCCGGUAACUUUCAUGUCGACCGUCAUAGAGAGUGUACAGAAGAAGCAUGCGCUCUCAAAUUGCCCGUCACCUGAAUUCCAAUUUUAUUUGAACGAUCUUCCCGGGAAUGAUUUCAACACGUUGUUCCAAAGCCUGUCUAACUUCUCGCAAAACUAUGAAAGCUUAUCGUGCUCUAUAAUGGGAGCUCCGGGUUCUUUCCAUGGAAGGUUCUUCCCUAGAAACUGCUUGCACCUUGCUCAUGCCUCCUAUAGCGUCCAUUGGUUAUCUCAGGUACCAAAUCUCACGAGCGAAGAAGGCUUCCCGUUGAACAAGGGAAGGAUCUACAUUUCGGAGACCAGCCCCCGCGUGGUGAAGGAUGCCUACUUGGCUCAGUUCCAAGCAGAUGUAUCAACAUUUUUGAAGUUCCGCAGUGAAGAGAUGGUCGAUAACGGUCGCCUCGUGUUGGUACUUCACGGGAGGAAAGAUAAGGACUUCGCGAGCCUAAACAGCUACAUCAUUUGGGAAAAACUUGGAGAGGCAAUUGCUGAUUUGGUUUCAGAGGGGUUCGUUGAGGAAGAGAAACUAGACACUUUAAACGUGCCGUAUUACACGGCAUCUUUAGAAGAAAUUCGAGGCAUAGUCAAUGAAGAAGGGUCCUUCCAGAUCGAACAUAUGGAGAUAAUCGAAAUCGAUGUUGGGGGAACCUCGCUGGACAAGGAUCCUCAUAGCAAAGGAAGAAAGCUGGCUAAACGUGCCAGAUCUUUCACCGGUUCCAUAAUCUCGCACCAUCUUGGCGAGGAAAUCAUGGAUAAGCUCUAUGGCGAAAAGCUUCCCAUCUUCAUUGGUGAUGAUUUGGCUAAGGGUAGAAAGAAGGGAGUUAGCAUAAUUGCUGUGCCCAAAAAGCACGUCCCAUGA